AGUGUAGCCAUAAUAUUAUACCCAUAGUCUAGGUAGGUUGUCACUCGUUGCUAUAAAAUGAGUGUGACAGAGAAAGCUAACAGAACCGAAAGCGAUAGACGUGUAACGGUCAGUUGAGUGCAGGUAGCGAAAAGAAGUGGUCGUGUAAAAUAAAAGGUGUACCUAAGAUUGGUGAAAACUAUAAAAGGUGUGAAGAGUUUUAAUUGUCGAAAUGAAGAGAUCCCUACAAUUUGGCGCAGUCGGUACGAUGAUGGAUGCAGGGAAAUUCAUCAAUUUGGAACCGUUUGAUGAUACUGUUGAUGCAUCGAAUCUCCGUCUUGAAUGGGAGGAGUGGCACAGGUCUUGUGAAUUAGUCAUGCAGUUGAUGCAUUUCGAUUCGCAGAAUGAGAAGCUUUUAUUCAUGUUGGCUCGAGGUGGUAGAGGUUUGCAGAGAAUUUACUGCCAUUUGGCUCCGGUUUCAGGUGAAUUUUAUCCACCGCCAGCUAAAGUUCCGUUUGCCCCUGUAGAGCUUCCUGAAUAUGACAACGCCAUCAAAAGACUGAACUCUUUCUUCGUUGGCAAGCGCAAUGAAAGGGUUGAAUUGGAAGUGUUUCGCUCCCUCCGCCAGUCUAGCGGAGAAUCCUUUAAUAGAUAUCUUCUGCGGUUGAGAACUCAGGCUGCGCGGUGUGAUUUUCGAGACCGUACUGAAAAAGAGUUGUUGCAUCAAAUUACUAUUGGUUCAUUGGAUGAAAAAAUCAGGGAUAAAGGGAUGGAAGAUGUCAUGACCUUGGAUGAGUUGAUAAACUACGCAAUGAAUCGAGAAGUAUUAAUAAAACAAAAAGAAAAAUUUUUACCAUUCAAAUCGGAGCCAGGUUUUGUGUCAUCUGUAAACCGGAAUUAUCGAAAUUAUCAAACGACGAAUAAUCAGCAGAUCCGAAGACCGUUCAAACGUAGAUAUCAAAGCGGUGAAUGCGAUGGAUGUGGAUCAUGGAGACAUCAUGUUGGCGACCAGCGUUGCUCGGCACGAGAUGCGUCUUGCAACAGAUGUGGGAGAAAAGGACAUUUUUUGCGCAAGUGUCCAAAAUUCCAAGGUACUUCACAACCGGGUCGUUAUACUUGGAAAAAAUCUGAGGUCACUAAUGCUUUACAUGGAGGUCCAGAAGCUGAUUUCAAUCAAAAUGGAACAUGUCAAACGGAUAGUCUGCCUGUCGUUAAGGAGAAUGCAUCGAGCAGUGGGAUUAUAACAUGUUUCAUUGACCAAUUGCCGGUAACAUUUUUAAUAGACUCUGGUGCGGCAAUAAAUACUGUUACCGAGGAGAUUUGGAAGCAACUUGUCGAUAGUAAUGCAAAGUUAUUUAAGAAGAGGCAUCAAUGUGACAGGGUAUUUACAGCAUACGCGUCUCAGAAGCCUUUGCAAAUAAACAAUAUAUUUGAAGCCUGGAUUUCGAUAAACGAAUCAAAACCAAGGAACUAUGCUGAAUUUUUUGUCAUACAAGGGGCACACAAAUGUUUGCUUAGCAAAAGAACAGCUGAAGAUCUGAAAGUUUUGAAGGUAGGAUUGGAUGUACAGCAUGUAGGCCUAAAACAAAAUGCGUUUCCCAAGUUUCCAAAUGUACAAAUAAAACUGUCAAUAGAUCGUUCAGUGGUCCCAAGGAAAAUAACUUACUUGAGGAUUCCUGUAGCCAUGGAAGAAAAGGUAGAUAAGAAAAUUCAACAAAUGUUGGAUACCGAUGUGAUAGAGCCAGUACAUGGACCAGCAGAGUGGAUUUCACCUAUGGUUGUCGUUCCGAAAGGAACCGAUGACGUCCGACUUUGCAUAAAUAUGCGUUAUCCCAACCAAGCGAUUAAACGAGAACAUUAUCCAUUGCCACUCAUUGAUACGCUUUUGAAUAAAUUUAAAGGCUCCAAAAUAUUCUCAAAGUUAGAUAUCACUUCUGCUUACCACCAUGUCGAAUUACACCCAGAAUCGCGAGAUAUAACUACUUUUAUGACUAGCCGAGGUUUAAUGAGAUUUAAGAGGCUCAACUUUGGAAUCAAUUGUGCUCCGGAAAUGUUUCAACGUAUAAUGAGCGAAAUGUUGAUUGGCAUAGAGGGUGUUGUGGUGUAUAUUGACGACAUAGUCGUCAGCGGAAAGACCCGCGAGGAGCAUGAUCGGCGGUUAAACCAGGUACUACACGUCCUCAAAGAAAAUAAUGCAACACUGAACCAUAGCAAAUGUUCAUUCGGAGUUGAGGAGCUCGAAAUUUUAGGAUUCAAAAUCAAUACUAGUGGUAUAAGUCCAGCUGAGGAUAAAAUAAAAGCCAUCAAGAAUUUUAGAGCACCCGAAACAAAGGAAGAAGCAAGAAGUUUUUUGGGCCUUAUUAAUUUUGUAGGUCAAUUUAUACCGCAUCUCUCAACUAGAACUGAGCCAAUAAGGAAAUUCAUUAGAGGAGACGUGCCAUUAUUUGGACAAGAGCAAAUAGAUGCAUUUGUUGAUUUGCGCGAUGAGUUGACGAAUACGGUUCAUCGGUUGGGCUAUUUCGACCCUAAUGAUACUACUGAAUUGUAUGUAGAUGCAUCCCCAGUGGGUCUUGGGGCUGUCUUGGUUCAGAAAAAUGAACAAAAAGAGCCUCGCAUUAUUAGCUAUGCAUCCAAGGGCCUUACAAAAGCGGAAAGAGUGUACCCUCAAACUCAAAGAGAGGCACUUUCGGUAGUUUGGGCUGUAGAAAAAUUUUAUGCAUAUUUAUUCGGAAUGCACUUCACCAUCUUUACAGACCAUAAAACCCUUGAAUACAUUUAUGGUGGAAAACAUCACGAGGGGAAACGUGCGUGUUCAAGGGCUGAGGCUUGGGCACUGAGGUUGCAGCCAUAUGAUUUUUCUGUGAAAUAUAUUCCAGGCACAGAAAAUAUUUCAGACUGUUUCUCAAGAUUAUGUCCACAAUCAGAUAACCCUUUCGAUGAGAGUUCAGAACAUUACGUUUGCGAAUUAGGAGAAGGGCCGACAGCUAUCACACUUGAAGAUAUCAAAAAGGAAACGCAGCUGGAUAAAAUAAUACAAGCUGUAAUGAAAGCUGUCGAGUCUGGUUCAUGGCCUUCAGAGCUUUACCAGUACGAAGCGUUUUCCAAGGAAUUAGGAAUAGCAAAUGGGAUUUUGAUAAGGGAAAACAGAAUAGUGCUGCCUAUGAGUCUGCGACAAAAAGCUUUAAAUAUCGCACAUCGUGGUCAUCCGGGAUCUGUUACAAUGAAACGAAAUCUCAGAGAGAAUGUAUGGUGGCCGUGUAUGGACAAAGAUGUGGCUAAUCGCAUUCAAGAAUGUGCCGGGUGUGCAGCUGUCAGUUCGCAGCAUCCACCAGAACCGAUGACGCGCAAAGAAAUGCCAGACCGUGCUUGGCAAGAGUUGGCCAUAGACUUUUUCUCCGCCAAAGAAUGUGCGACCUUUUUGGUGGUAAUCGAUUAUUACAGUAGGUUCCUGACUGCUAUUGAAAUGAAGUCUACGGAUUCAGCACAUACUGUUGAAGCACUAGAGAAUAUGUUCAAAAUUCAUACUUAUCCCGAAACUAUCCGUGCUGAUAAUGGGCCACCUUUUGCUAGUGAAGAUUUUAAGGAAUACUGUGUUAGCAAGAAUAUCAGGUUAAUACGCACUAUUCCGUAUUGGCCUCAGAUGAACGGUCUGGUAGAGAGACAAAACCAGGGUAUUCUGCGAGCAUUGAGAAUAGCCAAGGUAAUGAAGCAGGACUGGCGAAAAGCAGUUCAGGAGUAUGUUUACGCGUACAAUACAAGGCCGCAUUCAGUGACUGGAAAGACUCCAAUGGAAUUGCUGACUGGUAGACCAGUAAAAGAUCUGUUGCCCUCGUUGAGAACUGAACCGUAUUGGAGCAGAGAUGAUGAAGUGCGCGAUAAUGAUGCAAUCAGAAAAAUGCAAGGAAAAAUUUAUGCAGACAAUCGUCGUCACGCUAAGAAGUCCAACAUAAAAGUGGGAGAUACGGUAAUGAUACGGAAUUAUGACUUACGAAAAUUAUGUCCUGGUUUCCAACCGGUGAAGUACACGGUUAUCCGUAGGAGCGGCGUUGACGUUCAUGUAGCUAGUGAGGAUGGCGUGGUUUAUAGACGCCCGGUAAGUCAUUUGAAAUUGUGGCCAAUCCCACACAAGGUUGAUACUUCUGAAACGGAGCAGGACUUUGAAAAACCAUCAUCGAAUCCUAACGAUUCUGAGCAGCUUGAAUCAAAAUUAGUGCCGAAGGUCACCAAAACGACCAAAGACGUCCCAAAAGCAGCCACGACGGAAAGACCUAAACGGAACUCAAAGAAGCCAGCUCGAUUUGUGGAAUGAUUCGCAGGAGGUUCUUGAGCUUUAUCUUCAGAUCUUCAAUUGGACCAGUGCUUCAAAGGAAGGUUUCAACUCUUGGAGAAUCAGUAUGAUACUGACUAGUGAAAAAAUUAGAAGUCAUUCUACUAUUCUCAGAUUGCUAUGUUUUUUUUUCUUUAACGAUCAAUAUGAGCUACUUUGUUUUCAAUGAUACUUUUAUUUAAAUAUGUUUUUAUAAUUUGAUUUAUUUUUUUAAUGGGGAUGAGAUGGGAUGUAGAGUGUAGCCAUAAUAUUAUACCCAUAGUCUAGGUAGGUUGUCACUCGUUGCUAUAAAAUGAGUGUGACAGAGAAAGCUAACAGAACCGAAAGCGAUAGACGUGUAACGGUCAGUUGAGUGCAGGUAGCGAAAAGAAGUGGUCGUGUAAAAUAAAAGGUGUACCUAAGAUUGGUGAAAACUAUAAAAGGUGUGAAGAGUUUUAAUUGUCGAAAUGAAGAGAUCCCUACAUUACAAUUUUCAAUAAAAUUAAAUAAGGUAAUUUUCAGAUUGUAUUAUGUGAAGGUUGCAAAUCGUGCAUUUAGUAUAGAUCUCCGAAGUUUCCGUCCAUGCUGCCUACCUGGGCCAGCUGCGUUUGCGUUGCGCGGAACUUCUCUCGUUCCAGUGAAGGCUUGUACAAAUCGCACAGGGCCCGAAAGACCGCAAUCUUGCACUGAUCGGCUUUGGCACCUAUCCCGAUGAAAGGAUCAGAUUCAUUCCACAGUACCCAUGGGAGAUACAUGGCCUUGAAACGGG